UACUCUGAUAGGCAUCAAGCUUCUCAAGAGGAAAAAAGGUAAAGAACAUUAGUUUUUACAGUAAACUCGAAUCGUCAGAGCGAUGGUGUGUGAUAAAUGUGAAAAAAAGUUGGGUAAAAUUAUUACUCCGGAUCCAUGGAAGACGGGAGCUCGAAAUACUACAGAAAAUGGUGGUCGCAAACUCAACGAAAACAAAGCUCUUACAUCGUCCAAAAACCGUUUUAACCCAUACACACCUAAGUUUGAAGGUUGCAGAAUAUGUAAGCAGAAAGUUCAUCAAAGUGGAUCGUACUAUUGUCAACCUUGUGCUUAUAAAAAAGGAAUCUGUUCCAUGUGUGGAAAAAAGAUAAUUGAUACCAAAAGCUACAAACAGUCAUCCACUUAAAUUUCUUACCUAUUACCUAUUGUUGUCUAACAUUCUCAUUCCUUUUGUGCCUCUUGAUAUUUAAAUAAACUGACAUUCGUCGGAAUA